GGCGGCCCUCAGCGCUGUCAUGGCGGCGGGGAGCAACCUCAGUGGGUUUGAGAACAGCCGCGCGAGCCGUAGCGGAGUGUGGCAGUAGCAUCCUCACGAUCGCCGGCCGCCUCAGCCGCGGCGGCCUAGCGUCUGCAGCGGCCGUUUUUGCAAAGGCUGAGCGCAGGGGUGGGGCAGGCCAGCAAGCCGUGGAGUUCUGUGCAGCCGCGGACUCCCGGGGAGCAGACUAGGGAAACUUGGCGGCUGCGACCAGGUGCCCUGACUCUCCUCCCUCCUCCCCCCGCCGUCGCCGCGGGCCUCUCCUCCCUUCUAGCCACUGCACACACCGCCCCUCUUCUCUCCGUCGAACCUCAGGUGCCUGAGGGGCGCCUCACUCCUCCCCCUGGGCCGAGCGUGGAGAAUAAUCACCGCCCCUUUCCCCCCGCCGUUUCCUGCCCUGGAUCUUCGCCGCCACCUCCGUCUCGCGGCUCCCCGGAGGGGCGUGAGGACAGUCCGGAGUGUCUGGGGUUUGGCGUUGUUGUCAGCCUCGGGGAGAGAGAUUGGAUAAGUAUUCUCCAAGAGCAGGGGAGUGACGCCAAGGACUUUCCACAUCAAUCGCUUCUGGGGUUUCUCCACAACUUGGGAGCGUGACCCUUUUCGUUUCGCAUCGCGUGUGUGUGCUCCUUACUAGUGCAGCAGCAGUUGCUGUCCCAGAGUGACUCGGAGUUGCCCUUUCUCGUGAACUGGAAUGGCUAGUGAGGCCAGUAAUGCCCCUUCCCCGCCACCAACAGGUGACGACGGGGGAGGUGGAGGGAAGGGAGAAGAAGCCUCUGCCGAAGAGGGCGCCUUGUCGCUGAAACCAGGGCUCCCCAUCAGGGGCGUCAGGAUGAAAUUUGCCGUGUUGGCGGGACUGGUUGAAGUUGGAGAAGUAUCCAACAGAGAUAUUGUAGAAACCGUCUUUAAUCUGUUGGUUGGAGGGCAGUUUGAUUUGGAAAUGAAUUUCAUUAUUCAAGAAGGUGAGAGUAUCAUCUGCAUGGUGGACCUACUAGAAAAAUGUGAUAUUACUUGCCAAGCAGAAGUCUGGAGCAUGUUUACAGCCAUUCUGAAGAAAAGCAUACGAAAUCUUCAAGUCUGCACUGAUGUAGGCCUUGUUGAAAAAGUGCUUGGGAAAAUUGAAAAAGUUGGCAAUAUGAUAGCAGAUCUUUUAGUUGACAUGUUGGGAGUGCUGGCUAGCUAUAAUUUGACAGUUCGAGAACUAAAGCUGUUCUUCAGUAAACUUCAAGGAGAUAAAGGACAAUGGCCUCCACAUGCUGGGAAGUUGCUGUCUGUGUUAAAGCAUAUGCCUCAGAAGUAUGGUCCUGAUGCCUUUUUCAAUUUUCCAGGAAAAAGUGCUGCGGCUAUUGCAUUACCUCCUAUAGCCAAAUGGCCAUACCAGAAUGGUUUUACAUUUCAUACCUGGCUUAGAAUGGAUCCUGUAAAUAACAUCAAUGUCGAUAAGGAUAAACCAUAUUUGUAUUGUUUCAGAACCAGCAAAGGUCUUGGUUAUUCUGCUCACUUUGUUGGGGGCUGUUUGAUUAUAACAUCAAUAAAGUCAAAAGGAAAAGGCUUUCAACAUUGUGUGAAGUUUGAUUUUAAGCCACAAAAGUGGUAUAUGGUAACUAUAGUGCACAUUUAUAACCGAUGGAAGAAUAGUGAGCUUCGAUGUUAUGUGAAUGGUGAGCUCGCUUCCUAUGGAGAGAUAACUUGGUUUGUCAACACCAGUGAUACCUUUGACAAAUGUUUCCUGGGGUCAUCAGAAACAGCAGAUGCUAACAGAGUGUUCUGUGGUCAGAUGACUGCAGUUUACCUUUUUAAUGAAGCUCUUAAUGCAGCUCAGAUCUUUGCUAUUUAUCAGUUGGGCCUGGGAUACAAGGGAACUUUUAAAUUCAAAGCAGAAAGUGACCUGUUCCUUGCUGAGCAUCACAAACUUUUAUUGUAUGAUGGCAAGCUCUCCAGUGCCAUUGCAUUCACAUAUAAUCCCCGGGCUACAGACGCUCAGCUCUGCCUCGAAUCAUCCCCCAAGGACAACCCUUCAAUUUUCGUUCAUUCACCGCAUGCACUCAUGCUCCAGGAUGUGACGGCAGUUUUAACACAUUCCAUCCAAAGUGCUAUGCAUUCAGUUGGAGGAGUACAAGUGCUGUUUCCACUUUUUGCACAGUUGGAUUAUAAGCAAUAUUUAUCUGAUGAAGUUGAUUUGACCAUAUGUUCAACUUUGCUGGCUUUCAUCAUGGAGUUGUUGAAGAAUUCAAUUGCUAUGCAGGAGCAGAUGCUUGCCUGCAAGGGCUUCUUGGUAAUAGGAUAUAGUCUUGAAAAGUCUUCCAAAUCCCAUGUUAGCAGAGCAGUACUUGAACUUUGCCUUGCAUUUUCAAAAUAUCUGAGUAAUCUGCAGAAUGGGAUGCCUCUACUCAAACAAUUGUGUGAUCACAUGCUUCUUAAUCCAGCUAUAUGGAUUCAUACCCCAGCCAAGGUUCAGUUGACACUCUAUACUUAUGUAUCCACGGAAUUCAUUGGUACGGUUAACAUAUAUAAUGCCAUUCGGAGAGUUGGAACAGUGCUUCUCAUCAUGCAUACACUGAAGUACUACUACUGGGCAGUGAAUCCUCAGGAUCGAAGUGGUAUCACCCCAAAAGGAUUAGAUGGACCACGACCUAAUCAGAAAGAAAUACUUUCUCUACGAGCAUUAUUGUUGAUGUUCAUUAAGCAAUUAGUGAUGAAGGAUUCUGGAGUGAAAGAAGAUGAACUACAGGCGAUUCUUAAUUACCUACUCACUAUGCAUGAGGAUGAUAAUCUAAUGGAUGUCCUACAGCUGCUUGUUGCAUUAAUGUCAGAACAUCCCAACUCUAUGAUUCCUGCUUUUGACCAAAGGAAUGGGUUACGUGUUAUCUAUAAACUUAUGGCAUCCACCAGUGAAGGAAUCAGAGUACAAGCUCUCAAGGCAAUGGGCUAUUUUUUAAAAAACCUCGCCCCAAAAAGAAAAGCUGAAGUCAUGCUUGGACAUGGAUUAUUUUCACUGCUAGCUGAAAGACUCAUGCUUCAGACAAAUUUAAUGACAAUGACCACGUAUAAUGUCCUGUUUGAGAUUCUUAUAGAACAGAUUUGUACUCAAGUGUUACAUAAACAACAUCCGGAUCCUGAUUCUUCAGUAAAGAUACAAAAUCCUCAGAUAUUAAAAGUAAUUGCGACUCUACUUCGAAGUUCUCCCCAGUGCCCAGAGAGCGUGGAAGUUCGCAGAGCCUUUCUCUCUGACAUGAUUAAACUUUUUAAUAACAGUAGAGAAAACAGAAGGAGCUUGCUUCAGUGUUCUGUGUGGCAAGAGUGGAUGCUUUCUCUCUGCUAUUUUAAUCCUAAGAAUUCAGAUGAGCAAAAGAUAACCGAAAUGGUAUAUGCCAUAUUCAGAAUCCUGCUUUACCAUGCAGUCAAGUAUGAGUGGGGUGGCUGGCGUGUGUGGAUAGACACCUUAUCAAUCACACAUUCAAAGGUCACUUUUGAAAUACACAAAGAAAACCUUGCCAGUAUAUUCAGGGAACACCAGGGAAAAGUUGAUGAAGAAAUUCAGCAUAUUUCUUCAAGUCCAGUUCAAGCACUUGCUGGCAUUAGCCGGGAUGUUAAUGGUUCAGUAGGACCCCAGCAAUCAGAUAUGAGGGAUUCUCCUUUGUCUCCUCAUAUUACCAGAAAUAGUGAUGAAAAGUCAAGUACUGAACAGACAAGUUCAGUGGAGUUUGAAUGCAACAUUGAACUGCAAACUCAUAGUACAUCUGAUGAAGAAAGGAAAACUGGGCAAGAAAAUCAGGAGUUACUGGAUGAUGUCCCUUUAGAAGGAACAUUGGUAAGUGAAACAAUUAGUGCAAGUGAUUUAGAAGUAUCUUCUGACAUAAUAGAAGGUGUGGCUAUUACCUCGAAUUCUUUGACAACAACUGGUGAAGAUAUAAUAACUGUCGGUGAAGUAAAUGCUUCUGUAAGUUCUCCUUCAGAAGAGGAUGCUUCAGAGGUACCAGAAUUACUGGAUAAGUCUCUGGUAGAGGAAGAAGAUGAUGAUUAUGUAGAACUGAAGGUAGAAAGCAGUCCUGCUGAGGAAGCCAGUCUAUCCACAGAACACCAAGAUGAUAGUUUGUCUCCAGCUGCAUCUGAAGCCAGUGAAAAACUGGGUAUCUUUAGUAAUGGCCACAGAGUAGUAUUUAAAGAAGAAGAACCUGUAGGGGAAAAGCAAACUGAUACUGAAACUCGAGAUUCUAAAGAUUCUGGAAUCAGGGUAGCAUCAGGGUCUUCAGCUACCUCACCAGACACUCCUACUUCCCAAACAAUUGAACAGUCAGACAUUGUCCAAUUGCUGGAGGAAGAGAAGAAAACAACUGACUCUGCUAGAGAAACUGAAUUAAUUACUGAUUCUCAUGGUAUUAUCUUUGAGUUUCCUACUACUUCUGAACAGAUGAUUGCUAAAUUGGAUGUAUCCAGUGUUGCUACAGAUACUGACAAACUGGAAUUGAAGGCCAGUGCAAACAUGGAAACAUCUCAACCUCAUCAGCUUGUGCUUGAGAUGUCAAGGCCACAGGAGCAGCCAGGACAAGGAAUAGCACCAGAGGCAGUUAAUGGACAAAGGAGGGAUUCCAGAUCUACUAUGUUUCGUAUUCCUGAAUUCAAAUGGUCUCAAAUGCAUCAACGUUUGCUCACUGAUCUAUUAUUUUCCAUAGAAACAGAUAUACAGAUGUGGAGAAGCCAUUCAACAAAGACAGUUAUGGACUUCGUGAAUAGCAGUGAUAAUGUCAUCUUUGUGCACAACACAAUUCAUCUCAUCUCUCAAGUGAUGGACAAUAUGGUCAUGGCUUGUGGGGGCAUACUGCCAUUGCUUUCAGCUGCUACAUCAGCUACACAUGAGCUGGAGAAUAUUGAACCUACUCAAGGCCUUUCAGUAGAAGCUUCUGUGACAUUUUUGCAGAGGCUCAUCAGCCUUGUAGAUGUGCUUAUAUUUGCAAGUUCUCUUGGCUUUACUGAAAUUGAAGCUGAAAAAAAUAUGUCAUCUGGAGGAAUUUUGCGGCAGUGUCUUCGACUGGUUUGUGCAGUGGCAGUGAGGAAUUGCUUAGAGUGUCAGCAGCAUUUGCAACUGAAAACUAGAGGAGAUACAGCAAAAGGCCAGAAAAUAAUACACAGCCUGAUUCCCAUGGGGAAAUCUGCAGCAAAGAGUCCAGUGGACAUCGUAACUGGUGGUAUAUCUCCUGUAAGAGAUUUUGACAGGCUCCUACAAGACAUGGAUAUUAAUCGGCUUAGGGCAGUUGUCUUCAGAGACAUAGAGGAUAGCAAACAAGCUCAAUUUUUAGCUUUGGCUGUUGUGUACUUUAUCUCUGUUCUUAUGGUCUCAAAGUACAGAGACAUUUUGGAACCCCAAAAUGAAAGGCGUAGCCAGCCAUUUAAGGAAACUGGUAGUGAAAGUGGGAAUUUAUCCCUUCCUGAUGUAGAAAACAUACCAGCCACAUUCAGCCCGUUAACACCAGCAUCAGUGGAAGAAUCUGAAAGCACAACAUCCUCUCGAAGGAGGGACUCAGGCAUUGGGGAAGAAACAGCUACUGCCUUGGGAAGCAGUGUAGAUGCAGCUGCUCCAAGUGUCAGUGCAGUCCCAGAUGCAGUUAGUGAGGUGCUAUGCACUCUUUCUUUAGAAGUCAAUAGAUCUCAGGAAAUCAAAAAUGGUGGAGAAAAUGAGUUGGAUAACAAGGCUGCACCAUCAGUUCCAGUUUCAAAAAAUGUUAAUGUGAAGGAUAUUCUCCGAAGCUUAGUUAACAUACCAGCAGAUGGAGCCCCAGUGGAUCCUGCCCUUCUGCCACCAGCCUGCCUUGGAGCUCUUGGUGAUUUGUCGGUUGAACAACCUGUGCACUUCAGAUCUUUUGACAGAAGUGUCAUUGUUGCAACAAAAAAAUCAUCAGUCUUACCUUCCACACUUACAAGUAUACCUGCCAAUGCUGUCAGUGUGGUUACUUCAGUAGAUUCAUCCCAAGCCUCAGACGUGGGAGGAGAAUCACCUGGUCGUAGAUCAUCCAAUGCAAAAUUGCCCUCGGUUCCAACAGUUGGUUCAGUUCCACAAGACCAAGUUUCAAACAUGAGUAUUACAGAAAGGCUUGAACAUGCUUUGGAAAAGGCAGCUCCUCUUUUGCGAGAGAUUUUUGUGGAUUUUGCACCUUUUCUUUCUCGGACUCUUUUGGGUAGCCAUGGACAAGAACUGCUUAUAGAAGGAACAAGUCUGGUUUGCAUGAAGUCUAGUAGUUCAGUUGUGGAGUUGGUUAUGCUUCUGUGUUCCCAGGAGUGGCAGAAUUCUAUUCAGAAGAAUGCAGGCCUUGCUUUUAUUGAACUUGUCAAUGAAGGAAGGUUGCUUAGCCAAACAAUGAAGGAUCAUCUAGUAAGAGUAGCAAAUGAAGCUGAAUUUAUCCUGAGCAGACAGCGAGCAGAGGAUAUUCACAGACAUGCAGAAUUUGAGUCACUGUGUGCCCAGUAUUCUGCAGACAAACGAGAAGAUGAGAAGAUGUGUGACCAUUUAAUAAGAGCAGCUAAAUAUCGAGACCAUGUGACAGCAACUCAACUAAUCCAGAAAAUUAUCAACAUUCUCACAGACAAGCAUGGAGCCUGGGGAAAUUCUGCAGUGAGUCGUCCUCGUGAGUUCUGGCGCCUUGACUACUGGGAAGAUGACUUGCGGCGCCGGCGACGAUUUGUGCGUAACCCUCUAGGAUCGACACAUCCUGAAGCGACACUAAAAACAGCCGUGGAACAUGCUGCAGAUGAAGAUAUCCUUGCUAAAGGAAAACAGUCCAUCAAGAGUCAGGCUUUAGGAAAUCAGAACUCAGAAAACGAGGGCCUCCUGGAAGGCGACGACGAUGCUCUGUCAUCCGUGGACGAGAAAGAUGUAGAGAAUCUUGCCGGUCCUGUUAGCCUGAGUACACCGGCUCAGCUUGUGGCCCCCUCUGUUGUAGUAAAGGGCAUGCUUUCUGUCACCUCCUCUGAACUCUAUUUUGAGGUGGAUGAAGAGGACUCUACCUUCAAGAGAAUCGACCCCAAGAUCCUGGCAUAUACAGAAGGGCUACAUGGAAAAUGGCUGUUCACAGAGAUACGAUCAGUCUUUUCUCGUCGUUACCUUUUGCAAAACACAGCCUUGGAGAUUUUUAUGGCAAAUAGAGUUGCUGUAAUGUUCAACUUCCCAGACCCUGCAACAGUAAAGAAAGUGGUUAACUAUCUACCUCGUGUUGGUAUUGGAACCAGUUUUGGAUUGCCUCAAACCAGGCGCAUCUCAUUAGCUAGUCCACGCCAACUUUUUAAAGCUUCUAAUAUGACGCAGCGAUGGCAACAUAGAGAGAUUUCAAAUUUUGAGUAUUUGAUGUUUCUCAACACAAUAGCAGGACGGAGUUACAAUGACUUAAAUCAGUAUCCAGUGUUCCCCUGGGUCAUCACUAACUAUGAAUCAGAAGAACUGGAUCUUACCUUGCCAAGUAAUUUCAGAGAUUUGUCCAAGCCAAUAGGAGCUUUGAAUCCAAAAAGAGCAGCAUUCUUUGCAGAGCGUUAUGAAUCAUGGGAAGAUGAUCAAGUUCCAAAGUUCCACUAUGGUACUCAUUACUCAACUGCAAGUUUUGUUCUUGCAUGGCUGCUAAGAAUAGAACCCUUCACAACUUACUUCCUAAAUUUACAAGGAGGGAAAUUUGAUCAUGCAGAUCGAACUUUUUCAUCAGUUUCCAGAGCUUGGCGAAACAGUCAGCGUGAUACAUCUGAUAUUAAGGAGUUGAUCCCUGAAUUUUAUUAUCUCCCUGAGAUGUUUGUGAACUUCAAUAAUUAUAAUCUUGGUGUGAUGGAUGAUGGGACAGUAGUGUCUGAUGUUGAACUUCCUCCUUGGGCCAAAACCUCUGAAGAAUUUGUUCGCAUAAACAGAUUGGCCCUGGAGAGUGAAUUUGUUUCCUGUCAGCUUCAUCAGUGGAUUGAUCUCAUUUUUGGCUAUAAACAGCAAGGACCAGAGGCUGUUCGGUCUCUCAAUGUGUUCUAUUAUCUGACCUACGAAGGAGCUGUCAAUCUGAAUUCAAUAGCUGAUCCUCUAUUGAGAGAGGCUGUUGAAGCUCAAAUCCGAAGUUUUGGCCAGACACCUUCUCAACUCCUCAUAGAGCCCCAUCCUCCCAGAGGCUCUGCCAUGCAAGUGAGUCCCCUGAUGUUCACGGACCAAGCCCAGCAGGACGUCAUCAUGGUCCUGAAGUUCCCGUCCAACUCCCCUGUCACUCACGUGGCCGCCAACACCCAGCCCGGCCUGGGCACGCCUGCUGUCAUCACGGUCACUGCCAAUCGGCUCUUUGCUGUGAACAAGUGGCACAGCCUUCCUGCUCAUCAAGGUGCUGUACAAGACCAGCCAUACCAGCUGCCAGUGGAAAUCGAUCCUCUCAUAGCCAGCAAUGCAGGAACGCACAGGAGGCAAAUCACCGACCUUUUAGACCAAAGUAUUCAAGUCCAUUCCCAGUGCUUUGUCAUCACUUCAGACAACCGCUACAUCCUCAUCUGUGGUUUCUGGGAUAAGAGUUUCCGCGUCUAUUCUACAGACACAGGAAAAUUGAUCCAAGUGGUGUUUGGCCAUUGGGAUGUAGUCACUUGCCUCACUCGUUCUGAGUCAUAUAUUGGGGGAAAUUGCUACGUCCUCUCAGGCUCACGUGAUGCAACCCUUCUGCUCUGGUACUGGAAUGGAAAAAGCAGUGGGAUUGGAGAUAAUCCAGGUGGUGAGACCACCACUCCUCGGGCCAUGCUGACAGGCCACGACUAUGAGAUCACCUGUGCUGCUGUCUGUGCUGAGCUCGGCCUGGUGCUAAGUGGUUCAAAAGAAGGCCCGUGUCUCAUACAUUCCAUGAAUGGGGACUUGUUGAGGACUUUGGAGGGCCCAGAAAACUGUCUGAAACCGAAACUCAUUCAAGCCUCAAGAGAGGGGCAUUGUGUGAUAUUUUAUGAGAACGGCGGCUUCUGUACAUUCAGCGUGAAUGGAAAACUGCAGGCCGCUGUGGAGACGGAUGAUAACAUAAGGGCCAUCCAGAUGAGCCGGGACGGGCAGUACCUGCUCACAGGAGGAGACAAUGGUGUGGUCAUGGUCUGGCAGGUGUCUGACCUCAAGCAGCUCUUUGCCUAUCCAGGGUGCGAUGCCGGCAUCCGGGCCAUGGCCCUGUCUUACGACCAGAGGUGCAUCAUUUCUGGCAUGGCCUCAGGAAGCAUCGUUCUAUUCUACAAUGACUUUAACCGGUGGCAUCAUGAAUACCAAACCCGCUACUGACAGUGACAGCUGCGCAUCAGCCUUGCCUCCAGCCCGGGUGGGGGAAGUACUCCAGAGCAUCUUUCUCUUAGAAACAGCUGUCACAUUUGAAUGUAACUUAAAUUUGCUCUGCUCUAAGAAGCAAAAUAUUUUUUAAAGUUAAUUGCUAUUUUUGUAGACUUUGCUUGACUUUUUUGGGGGACUAGCAAAGCAGAAAACUGGCUGCUAGGUUCUGUAGUUUUAAAAAAUCUAUAUUUUUAGUCAUAAUGAGACGUCUAUUUUCACCAGUUAUGGAACAUGCCAUGAAGCAAGUAAGCCCACUUACUCUAGCUGUAUUAUGAUAAAAAAAACUUCCCAUUUAUCUGUAAUCUUGAGAAAUAUAUGGUUUCAAUGGUAGGGCAGGGUUACAAUGCUGGGUUAGGGGAAUUUAAUGCUGUACUUUGAGUCCUGUAUUUUUCCAGACAAUUGUCUUUCUUCCGCACUGAAAUUCUGAGAUUUAGAUAGUAAUGUUUAAAUUAUGGUAAAUGUAAUUUAAAACAUCUUAAUGAAUUAUUUCUUUCAAUAUUAUUCAAGCAUGUCUUAGACCUAGAAAAUUAUGGUUUGGGGGAGGUUAUUUUAUUGUAUGGUUAACAUAAAAGCUCUAAUGUUAUAUAGCAAGCGUGAAAUACAAUGUUUCCCAAUACAUGAUCUAUGUUCCCAGCACACCAAAAUGAAAUGAUGGAAAGCUCUGGGCUCAUAAUUUAUGUUUUCUUUCAAAGUAAAUGCAAGUACCAAAGCUCAGCCCUAAGGUCUGACUGUGUGCCUGGACUGAGGCAGAGUCUUCACUGGGGUCUCCCGCCCACCCCCAGACCGUCAGCUGGGAACAGAGGCUACCAGGUGUUAAAUUAAGCAACACCAGUUUUACCUUCUAUUUGUUAUUAAACUAUCUUUACCUUCCUUUUGAUGAGUGAUUUAUACUAAGAAACAAUGUUAUUUUGGUGUAUAAUUCUACUUUUCUAGUAGAUUGCUGUGUGGAAUUCUGUGAAAAAUAUUUGAGAAGAGGUCUGUAUUGCAUAAAUAAAUUCUUUGUAAGUUGUGAA